AUGGGCGCCAGUAAUGGUAGCACAGAGCCAGCCAACCUUGCGGAGUUCCCACAGGAUAUACGUCCCAUUCGUGUCGCCGCACAGGUCCUCAAACACCCAGUCAAUGGAGGGGUCAAGUUAAUGCCUUGCCACAACCCUUCCUCCUCGCUCGCCCUCUCUGCCGCCAGCGUCGCCGCUCACGAGCUCCCGUAG